AUGUCAAAAGACGAAUGUGUCAAAGUUGUGGUCCGAUGCAGACCCUUGGACAAGAAAGAAAUUGAAUCAGGUUUUGCUGAUGUCGUAAAAGUGCAUUCAGACAAAAAUAUGAUUGAAGUUGAAGGAGGCAAACAAUUUUAUUUUGAUCAAGUUUAUGGAUCAAAUUCAUCCCAAAAAGAUAUUUUUGAGAAAACAUUUCAAAACCUUAUUCAUUCUGUUCUUGAAGGAUUUAAUGGAACUAUUUUUGCAUAUGGUCAAACAGGUACUGGCAAAACAUUCACAAUGCAGGGUCUUAGAAACAACCAAGAGAUGCAAGGUGUCAUACCUAAUUCUUUCCAGUACAUAUUCAAUUACAUCUCUUGCACCACUGAUCUUGAAUUUUUAGUCAGAGCUUCUUACCUGGAAAUUUAUAUGGAAGAAAUCAGAGAUUUGUUAUCAAAAGAUCAAAAAGCCAGAUUGGAGCUAAGAGAACAUCCAGAAAGUGGUGUUUAUGUCAAAGAUUUGUCAUCAUUUGUUACCAAAAAUGAGCAGGAGAUUCUGCAGAUAAUGGAUGUUGGCAACCAAAAUCGUUCAGUCGGUUCGACUAACAUGAAUGAACAGAGCUCAAGGUCGCAUGCUAUAUUCAUAAUCACAAUCGAAUGCAGUGAGGACAAGAAAAACGAGGAAGGAAAGAAUUAUAGAGUUGGAAAAUUAAAUAUGGUUGAUUUGGCUGGUAGUGAGAGACAAAGCAAAACUAAUGCAGAGGGCGAUAGGCUAAAAGAAGCAACGAAAAUCAAUUUGAGUCUUUCCUCCCUUGGCAAUGUUAUAUCUGCCCUGGUCGAUUCCAAAAAUACUCACAUACCCUACAGGGACUCAAAACUGACAAGGCUUCUGCAAGACUCCCUUGGGGGGAAUGCCAAAACAGUCAUGGUUGCAAACAUUGGUCCUGCUAAUUAUAAUUUAGAUGAGACACUUACGACUUUGAGGUAUGCCAGUCGAGCCAAAAACAUAAAAAAUAAGCCGCACGUAAAUGAAGAUCCAAAGGAUGCACUGCUUAGAAAAUUUCAAGAGGAAAUUAAAAGGUUGAAAGAGGCACUCAGCAAAACUGGCUCCAGUAAUUUAAAACAAGGUUUGAAAACAGCUAAUGCAAAUGAUGUGUCUUCUGAAGAUGAUGACAUACAGGAACAGAGGAUGAAAUUUGAAUCUGAAAAGUUAUUAAUAGCAAAUGAUCAAAACUUAUUGUCCGAAGAAAAAGAAAGGUUAUUAUCUGAUUUAAAUGAGAAAGAAAGGUGUCUUCAACAAGAAAAAGAAGUCAAAUCAGAUUUAAUUUCAAAAAUUCAAAAAAUGGAAAGCAAGUUGCUUACUGGAAAUAGAAAUAUAGUUGACCAUACAAACGAACAGCAAAUGGCUUUAAAUCUAAAAAAGAAGCAGAUAGAAGAACACCAACGAAAAGAAAAAGAAAUGAAGCAAAAAAUUGAAGAACAUGAAGAAACGGCUUUAAAUCUCUUUGAAACCUACACAUCUUCACAGCAAGAAGCUGAAAUAAAAACAAAAAAGUUGAAAAAAAUUUUCAAACAACUGCAGACAAUCAAAAAUGAAAUUGUUGAUGAUAAAAAUGAUCAUCUAAGAGAACGUGAGAAUUGUCAACAAACGAUAAAUGAUUUGAUCUGUGAAGUUAAACUCAAGUCACUCAUCAUUGAAAACUUCAUACCACAUAAUGAUAAAAAAUUAUUUCUUCUGAAAACUUUUUAUGAUGAGAAUGCAGAAAACUGGCUUGUAAAAUCUGAUGGUGAAAACAAAAACUGUUUGGACCUCAAUCUCGAAUGCAAAAAUGAUCUUAAUGGCUACAUGCAGGAUAACUUCAUACAAGUUGAAUUGGAUUUGCCGACACGUACGACUCAAGAUUACGAAGGUCCAACAAUAGCGCCGAAGAUUCAAGCAGUUUUACAUGCCGCUUUAAUUGAGGAUAACUUCGGUGACGUGAUUAAUGAUUCGUCCUCCAACGCUCUUUCUGAUUAUCCUAAUAUUAAAAGAAAGAAAAACCGCUAUCCUACGUCGAAAGGACUCGUAAAAAAAUAA